CUAGCCUGGGGUUGAGGUGGCGGCCGCCGAGCCGGGGGCGGGGCGGGACGGGAGGUGCUAUGGCCGAGGGCAGCGGGGAAGUAGUCGCAGUGCCCGCGUCCGGGGCUGCCAACGGCCUCAGCAAUGGGGCAGGUGGGACGUCGGCGCAGAGCAACAACCCGCUGGCACGGAAGCUGCAUAAGAUCCUGGAGACGCGGCUGGACAACGACAAGGAGAUGUUAGAAGCUCUCAAGGCACUUUCAACCUUUUUUGUCGAAAAUAGUUUGCGGACUCGAAGAAAUUUACGUGGAGAUAUUGAACGCAGAAGUUUAGCCAUCAAUGAAGAAUUCGUAAGCAUUUUCAAGGAAGUAAAGGAAGAACUUGAAAGCAUAAAUGAAGAUGUUCAAGCAAUGAGCAACUGUUGUCAAGAUAUGACAAGUCGCCUACAGGCAGCAAAGGAACAGACUCAAGAUUUAAUAGUAAAAACCACUAAGCUGCAAGCUGAAAGUCAGAGAUUAGAAAUAAGAGCACAAGUUGCUGAUGCCUUCUUAUCCAAGUUCCAGCUGACUUCUGAUGAAAUGAGUCUUCUCCGAGGUACAAGAGAAGGACCUAUUACUGAGGACUUUUUCAAGGCAUUGGGAAGAGUAAAACAGAUUCAUAAUGAUGUCAAAGUUCUCUUACGUACAAACCAACAAACAGCAGGUUUAGAAAUUAUGGAACAAAUGGCCUUGCUUCAAGAAACAGCUUAUGAAAGACUUUAUCGAUGGGUUCAAAGUGAAUGCAGAACAUUGACACAAGAAUCAUGUGACAUAUCUCCAGUAUUAACUCAAGCAAUGGAAGCCCUGCAGGAUAGACCUGUCUUAUAUAAGUAUACCUUAGAUGAGUUUGGAACAGCCAGAAGAAGUACAGUUGUUCGUGGAUUUAUUGAUGCUCUUACAAGAGGGGGCCCAGGAGGUACACCUAGACCCAUUGAAAUGCACUCCCAUGACCCUUUGAGGUAUGUAGGAGAUAUGUUGGCUUGGCUCCAUCAAGCUACUGCUUCUGAAAAAGAACACCUGGAAUCUCUUUUAAAGCACGUGACUACACAAGGUGUUGAAGAAAAUAUUCAAGAAGUUGUUGGGCAUAUCACUGAGGGUGUGUGCAGGCCUCUAAAGGUUCGAAUUGAACAAGUAAUAGUUGCUGAACCUGGGGCAGUUUUAUUAUAUAAAAUUUCUAACCUCCUUAAAUUUUACCAUCAUACAAUCAGUGGCCUCGUUGGAAAUAGUGCAACUACGUUGUUGACUACAAUUGAAGAAAUGCAUUUGCUAAGCAAAAAAAUAUUCUUCAAUAGCUUGAGUCUUCAUGCAAGUAAAUUAAUGGACAAGGUUGAACUCCCACCACCUGAUCUUGGGCCAAGUUCUGCCUUAAAUCAGACACUCAUGUUGUUGCGUGAAGUUUUGGCAUCUCAUGAUUCUUCAGUUGUACCACUAGAUGCCCGUCAAGCUGAUUUUGUGCAGGUUUUAUCAUGUGUCUUGGAUCCUCUCCUCCAGAUGUGUACUGUAUCAGCCAGCAAUUUAGGCACAGCUGACAUGGCCACUUUCAUGGUCAAUUCACUAUAUAUGAUGAAGACAACAUUAGCUCUGUUUGAAUUCACUGACAGACGUCUGGAAAUGCUGCAGUUUCAGAUUGAAGCACAUUUGGACACACUUAUAAAUGAGCAAGCUUCUUAUGUUUUAACUAGAGCAGGCUUGAGUUAUAUCUAUAACACUGUGCAGCAACAUAAACCUGAACAGGGCCCUGUAGCUAAUUUGCCCAACCUAGAUUCUGUGGCAUUGAAGGCUGCAAUGGUUCAGUUUGAUCGUUAUCUGUCAGCCCCAGACAACCUGUUAAUGCCCCAGCUAAACUUUCUUCUGAGUGCCACAGUGAAAGAGCAGAUCAUAAAACAGUCUACAGAAUUAGUCUGCAGAGCCUAUGGUGAAGUGUAUGCAGCUGUGAUGAAUCCAGUCAAUGAAUACAAAGAUCCAGAGAGCAUUCUACACCGAUCGCCGCAGCAAGUGCAGACACUUCUCUCCUGAUUAUCUUAUUUGAAUGUAUUUGCAAAAUAUCGUAUCCCUAAAACCCUGAAGGUUUUCUUGGUUUUUAGUCUGUUAAUCUUUAGGUUGAAAUUUGGUGGUUACAAUUUUCUUUGUAUCAUAAGAUUGUAGGUCCCGAUAAUUGCUUUGCUUUGGUCACAAUAACGUGGAAGUAAGUUACGUUGACCUGACUUAGCAUUGCUCUGUGUAGAGAUGCUCUGCUCUCUACUAGCCACCUUUCCAGCUCUGCAGUUUCCCAUCGAUUCUGGGGUAUAAAUGUAUGGGGAAAAAGUAGUGUGAGAGGUUGGAGGAAUUUUUUUUGGCAAGAUUGGUUCUAAAUUAACCGUACAUAAAAAAAUUUAUCUUAAGAAUUAGCGUGAAGAUAUAACCUAAUAAAUGUCUGUUUACGUAAAGAUUCAUUUGCUUUCUUAUUAGUUGUUAAUGUGAGUAGGUAUACUUAAACUGAGGAGCAGAAAUAUACACUCAGCAAAAAGGGGAAAGAGAGAAAGAGAAGUAGUUUAAACAGGGUGGAUUCCAAUCUGUGUGUGCUCUGGACUGAGUUCAGAGUGAAGUUCUGCACUUCGAAUGGGUUUUAAGUGUGUCGGCAUCCUGUGCCGCAUAUAAGUCUAGUGUUUAAAGAUAGAUAUUUGUUACACAAUGUGGACUCUAAAUCCAACCAAUUACAAAUUCAUCUGGUGUUCAAACCAAAGAAGUAGUGAUCUACUUUAACACUGGAGAAAAAUGCCAGAGUAGCAAUUGCUAAUUGAGGGCAGUCUACCCCAUGGUGGCCCUCACAAAGAAUGAUCUGGGCUCUGACUUUAGAACUUCACCUGUGAGUAAUAGUCAAAGUCACUGUGUUUUUUUAAAAAAUAAAUCUCAAUGUAUUUGAUGUGACUUUACUUUGUUGGUUAGAUUUUGAGGACAAUUUCUAAUAGCACAAUAUCUUAAUUUCGGAUAAAUCUAUAAAAAGAAGUAAGUCCCUAAAUUAUAAAUGAGAAAACAGAGGCAUAAGGAAAAAAUUGACUAGGUUAAAAUCUUUUGAAAAGUAGUAAGGUAAAAUUAAUGUUUAUAUGACAAAUAUCACAAAUUUAUGUGUAUAGAACAUGGCCUGUUCAUCUAUCUGAAAUUUAUAAUUAUUUAUACUAAUAUGAUUCUUUUGGAGCACGAGUGAUUAUAUAUCAUCUCUUUUGGUAUAAAUCUGUAUUUUUAGUCUUUUCCUUCAAUGGGUAUGUGUGAUAUAGAUAAAAAAUAAAGUAUAUAAAUCAAGAGCUUAAAUUUUAUAUGAUUUAUUUCUACUGUGAAAAAAGAUUGCUACCUUACCAUUAGUGAAUUCCUUUGUUUUCUAGGAAAAAAAGUGUAUUUGGCUUUUUACCUAGUUUUCUCAAAUAAAAUAUUAAGCUAUUUCUA